UCAACCUCACUGCUAUUUCUCUGUGCUUUUACUCUUAGGCCCCAAGUAGUAGUACUCUACUUUCCUAGGCCAUUUUCUUCAACCUCCACCAGGAGACCCAAAUGGAACUCAGCCACCAAUGUUAUCAUCACCAACCCCACUCUGCUAAUCAUGGAGUCAUGCACGACCAUGCUCCAACUGAAGCAAAUUCAAGCCUGCAUGACCGUCAAUGGCCUCAUUACUCACACAUACGCUGUGAGCCGAGUCGUAGCCUUUUGUGCUCUUGCUGACAUCGGUGACGUUAAUUAUGCCCAUGAGACUUUUCCUCAAAUCCCAAAGCCCAAUACUUACAUAUGGAAUACGAUGAUCAGAGGCUACGGUAAAGCUAAAAUUCCCACUGUGGGUUUUUGGUUUUUUCGUUGUAUGGUAAGAGAACGCGUCGAAAUGGACCGUUGGAGCUUUGUUUUUGCGCUCAAGUUGUGCGAGCAGUUUUGUGCUAUUUCGAAAGGGGAAUCAGUUCAUUGCAGGUUUUGUAAGAUGGGUUUUAGUUCGGAUUUGAUAGUACAAAAUGGAUUGGUCCAUUUCUAUGCUGAGCACGGGUGUUUGGAUUUUGCACUUAAAAUGUUCGAUGAAACUCUGGUGAAGGAUGUUGUUACUUGGACCUCAAUAAUUGAGGGGUAUGUGGUGCAUAAUUGCUCGGAUGAGGCUUUGGAAUUGUUCAAUCUGAUGCUGCUGAGUGAUGUUGAGCCAAAUGAGGUUACCAUGAUUAUUAACAGUGAUUCGGGAAGAAGAUGA